UUUCUGCCAGGUUGUGAACUAAACAUGACUGCUAACAACAUCCCAAGCUUCAGCUCACUUCCUGAUCAUAUAAAAGACUUUCUAUAUUAUAAACAUUGUAGACAUUUUCCCAUACUACUGGAUCUUCCUGACAAAUGUAGAGGAGCUGAUCAAUCCUCAGGAGUCUUUCUUCUGCUGGUCAUCAAAAGCCCUCCACAUAACCACGACCGCAGAGAGAUACUGCGCAAGACCUGGGCAAAUGAGAGGUUAAAGAACGGUGUAUGGACCAGACGUAUCUUCAUCUCAGGAACAACAGGUUCUGGUUUUGAGAAGAAAAGACUGAACAAAGUUCUCAAGUUGGAGCAAAGUAAGCACAAUGACAUUCUUCAAUGGGACUUCUGUGAUACAUUUUACAACCUCACCUUGAAGCAGAUACUCUUUCUGGAAUGGAUGGAAAGAAAUUGUCCAAAAGUACGUUUCCUAUUCAAUGGUGAUGAUGACGUCUUUGUAAACACAAACAACGUGGUCAAGUAUCUCCAAGGCCUUGAGGACAAUGAUGGAAGCAAGCACCUCUUUACUGGACAUUUGAUCCAGUCUGUUGGGCCAAUUAGAAUACCAUGGAGCAAGUAUUUUAUUCCAGUUCAGGUGCAGGAAUCAGACUCAUAUCCCCCAUACUGUGGUGGUGGGGGCUUCUUUUUAUCUGGUUACACAGCUUUGGUCAUAUACAACAUGUCCAAGUCUACUGCCCUACUUCCCAUUGAUGAUGUUUACAUGGGAAUGUGCCUGGCCAAAGCAGGACUAAGUCCUGUUUCACAUAUCGGUGUAAAGACUGCAGGACUGUAUAUACCCUCCAACAAUAUAGAUAAGUAUGACCCUUGCUUUUUUAGGGAAAUUCUACUGGUUCACAGGUUCAGUAUAGCUGAAAUGUUUCUUAUGUGGCACAGAAUAAAUGACCCCAAACUGAAAUGCUUUGGCUUUGCUAAAUAG